CUUUCUCUGGCUUGCGAUUUCCUAGAUGAAGCUCCACCAUGUACAAAAACCUUCGGAUUUGUGCUCCGUGAAUAUCAGCCACCAGAACUUUGCCUUGGCAAAGGAGAGCGAUUUUAUGCAGUUCGAUUCUGUCGCUUACGUCAACGCCACCGAAAACCUGCUGACUUUAGAAACUUUCCGUAACUUUCCUGGCCUUCGGGAGCUGGAACUUUCUCUGAACGGUCUGAGAAAUCUUAAAGUCAGGAUUGGGGAUUUCCCUCACUUGGAA